AUGCACAGGAAGGAUAUCCGAAAGGUCUUCCGUCACACAUCCAUCACAGGCUAUAACGGUCCUACAUGCCCGAGCUCAAGCAACGGGAAGUAUGACGACGCCAAUGCCGCAGCCCACGCAGAACCGCCGCAUGAAUGCCGAGCAAACCACUAG